CCGUCAGCUUCCAGUCCGCAGCAGUUCCAGUUUCUUUCAGUCCUCGUCGGUCGGACCAGAGAAAGCUGCCGCGCGCCGCGACCUCCAUUACUGAUUUUUUUUUUCGCUGUUUAAAAAUUUAAAAUUUGUUCGGUCAUUUCGUCGGACCAGCAUUUGGGAGUGCGAAUCCGGAAAUUUGGAACUUUUCGCGCGUUGAAUUUUCUGUGUUUGCGUUGAAAAACAGUCCGCCAACUGCGCGGAGCUGUCAAGAAGAAGUUCGAGGAGAAGAAGAAGGAGAAGCAAGGUGACCAGUGGGGAGGAAAAAAAGAACGCAUUUUGUGUUGUUUUAUUUUUUGUCUGUCAAGCUUUAUGGUUGUGUUUUAUUCGGAAAAAAAGAGUCGAAGUAGCCGAGGAGCUUCAUUAAAUAAACAUUAGAACGUGCGGUCGCCCGCCAAAUUGGCCGCGGAUUUUGGCGCGCUCAAAAAAGAAAGAAGAAAGAGAUGUUUUAGUGCGCCUAGUUGCCUAGAGGAGGGAAUAUCCGCGGUGGCCACCGGACUCGCUUGACCGACCACCGAAAAUUAGCGGGCUUUGAGCCCCUUUGUGCCGAGAUUCGUGGCAACUUUGAAGAUUUGCGCAAAAUCGCGGGAAACGGGUAGAGGAACUUGCAUGUGUACAGCUCCGCGAAGGACGACGAAGAGAGAAACAAAAUGGAAGAGUCGUCGCAACAGCUGCAGCACCCUUCUCCGGUUCGGCACCACAGUUACAGUGGUGCCAGCCAGCAGCAGCAACAGCAGCACAAACUGUUGAAGGAUAAUUCCGCCGACGGGAGUGGGCACCUGGCCGACAGUGGCUACAACUCGUACCACUCGAUCAAUGCAUCCUGCUCGGUGGUCCGAUCGGUGCUGGCCACGAUCGAGGAGGACAAUGAGACGGCGGACUCGAGCUUUGAGGAGCCGGCUUCCGCGCGGAAGGUCGUCACGAGCAGUGUCCUCACUCCGACGACCACGGCCAGCAUGGAACUCAUCUCGAACUUCCACCUGACCACGCCGAAGGAGAACGUGGUGGCUCAGCGGCGAACGCUGGCCCGGAAGCCAACCUGUCAGAAUCUAUUCGCGCUGCGAACCCCGGAAAAGUCUUCCGGGAGCGCUUCCGUCGAAACGCCGGUUCGCUCGGGUCGCAAAUCCGCCGAGAUGGGCAUUCUAACUCCGAGAAAGAACAAGACUUCCGCCAAGCGCAAACAUGCCAGCUUCCGGGAGAAACUGUACUCCGACGGGGACGCGGAAUCGCUCGAAAAUGACUGCAAGAAGCUCGAUCAGGAGGACAUUUCACCGAUCUUCCACAACAAACGCCGUCGCAACUCGGUCAUCGACGACUUUAUCCGGUCCAGCACGCCAAAAACGGCCGGCUUCAAGUCCAACUUCCACGUCGAAGCGCAGGAGAACCAAAAACCCACCAACCGGAAGGCACUCGUGCUGCGCAAGUUCCAGUCCUUCAGCCCCAGCAAGAUGCACAGCUAUCGCAAGCGGGACACGGUUCUGCAGGAAAAGUCCGUCCUAACCAAUCGCAAGGCACCACUGCAGCGCCAGAACGCAAUCCAAACGACAACCCCACAAAAACCUUCACUCGAAGCCUCCCUAGAACUCAGCUUCGAACCAACCCCGGAGCUCCCCAACCCAACUCCAACGUUCGGUCUCGGCGCCCUCCUGGACGCCCCGAUCCUACCCAGCGACGACCUCAAAGUCGACCUCAACGAGGAAGUGUCCCAGCUGCCGUCCUUCGACGACUGCAGCAGCUUCACCCCGACCAAACCGUGCUCUCUUCCGGUGGAGCCGGACUCCGUCCUCCGUGACGCCUCCGUCGCAACUCGACGCCGCUCUAUCCCUCAAAUCCUCGACCAGCACCUCGAAUCCCCAAUCCUGUUCUCCCCGAACAUCCCCCGCACCCCCAAAUCCACCCGCAAGCUCAAGCGCCUCAACUCGUCAACCAAAAAGGACAAACAACCCCGCAGCAAACCCGCGUCCCCCAAGCGCUACCCGGUAAUCCCCGGUGCCUACCGCCGCCACUACGACGGCAUCGAGCGCCUCAACAUCCUGAAGCGCCUGAACGAGCACGACAAGGGCGCGCUGGAGAUCGUCCUGGGUUAUCUCGCCGACUCGGACCUGGUCCGGGUGGUGGCCGUUUCGCGCGGCUGGCGCUCCAUCAUCGAGUCGGAUUGGCGGCUGGCGCGCCGCUUGCGUGCGUAUCUGGCACGGGAGGCGCACUCCAAGGAGAAUCUCGACCGAAGCGAGUCGGUGCGGGAGGAGAGCAGCAAGAUUGGGUGUGAUGCAGUGCUGGUGGGAAAGUUGGUGCAGCAGGCGUCGAUGACGCGUCAGCCGUUUAGUCUGUGCAACUCGAUCGAUGCCGGGAACCACUCGGUGAUGAACACGACGGUGCCCAAGUCGCCGCCGGUUAGCCCGUCCAGAAGGAAGUUUCACGAGAAUCAGAAGAUCGCAUCCCAUCUGAAGAAAUCGGAAAGACUGAAGUCGUGCCCGCGCUGUGGCAAACCCAGCCGCGUGCACAGUGCCAGCAUCGCCAACAAGUCCAUCGCCCGGAGCAGCACCGCCAAGUUGAACCGCCUGAACGCCUCCAAGCUGGAGAAAUCCUACACGCUACCUGAUGCCACCAGCCACGUGAUCAGCCCACCACCUUCACCACCGUCAACGGUGACUUCGCCCGGGGACGGUUCCGCGGAACGCAUCCGCCGGAACCUGUUCUCCACCAGCAGCGGUGGCAUGCUGUUUCCAUCGAGGGCCUGCUCCGUAGACGGUGGCACUCCGGUUGUCAACACUAAAGUUGCGGCCGCAACUCGUCGCAGUUCCAGCGAUGCCACUCCGCUGGAUCUGAAGCGGGGUCCGCGCCGUCGGCAGUCGUCCUCCGGUUCGGGAGCCGAAGAAUCUCAAUGUGAUUACGCGGUGUGCAGUGGCAAAGGCUGUGGCUUUACCUUCUGCGUCAAGUGUCUGUGCGAGCACCAUCCGGACGCGGUGUGCAAGGAUCUAGCGCCGAACUCGCCCAGCAAGGAGGACGCUCCGGUGCAGUACGUGGCCUGCAGCAAGGCAAGUCGCCGCUCGCUGCGAAGACUGUGCUAGUUUGUGUUCCGCGUUGUCCCCAACUGUGUGUGUGUGUGUGUCUGUCUGAAUGUUUCUCUACCGUUUUAAGCCGCGACAGUUAUUUAUUGCUAUUGCCACCUUUCUUUUUUUAGCUCGUAAGUAAACAUGUUCCAGUUCGACCAGUUGUAUUUUGUAUGCCCUUUUUUUUAGUAUGUUUUUUUUAAACCUAGUGAUUGUAUUGAUUUUACGAAAGCACGACAUUUUUUUCCUCUGUAAAACAAGCUACCCAAGUGCGAGUGUGAAAGUAAUAAGCACCUUAAUAUAUAAAUCAUUAUUAUUAUAAUUAUUCCCGCUUUCCUUUUUUGAAAGAAAACAAAAAAAAAAAAACAAUUUGGAGAUUCUCUAUAAUCGAAUUUCUUUCCACCAACUGCACAAGUGUCUUAGCCCCAGUAUCGAAUAGGUAAUGAUAGCUACCACAAAAAAAACAAGACUUAUUGAGAGAACAAAUUUAAACAACUAAAGUUUUUUAUACGUAUAAGAUAAACAUGUGUUUUUAAACGAAAUAUACUCGAAUCUUAGCAAAGUGAUAGCAAGUGCGCGGGCGAGUGAAGCAGGGAUUUACCAAAUAGAAAGAAGAAAAAAACCAAGUUAAAAGAAGCGCGUAAACCAACAAAUCGAAAUCGAUUCAUUCCUUAAACUUUUCUAUAAAACAUUUACCUCACAGCGCGGAUAGCUGGCGUCGUAAUUGGCGCGAACAAAA